CCAGCAGACGGACGACUUCCGGCAGCAGACGACGCCUGCCCUCCUCGCCCCUCGAACCCCUCGCCCCUCGAACUCUCUCGCCAUGAGCGGAUCCAAAAAGUCUCUCUCUUGGCUCAACAAGCUUCUCCCGCUCUGGAUCUUGAUCGCCAUGGUUACCGGCAUCUUGCUCGGUAAAUUUGUCCCAAGUGUCCAGGCCGCAUUCAACCAGUCAACCAUCGUCGAUGUCUCUGUUCCAAUUGCCGUUGGACUGCUUUGGAUGAUGUAUCCAGUGCUUUGCAAAGUUCGAUAUGAAGAGCUCCCUCAGCUGUUCAAGUCACAGCACGCCGUGAAAACGAUAACGACAAGCUUGCUGGUCAACUGGAUCUUUUGUCCAUUCGUCAUGACUGCGUUCGCCUGGGCAACCCUGCCCGAUCUCCCGGGCUUCCGUGAGGGCAUUGUCCUUGUCGGCGUUGCACGAUGCAUCGCUAUGGUUUUGAUCUGGAACGAGCUCUCUGGAGGAGACACUGAGUGGUGUGCCAUCAUUGUCGCCGUCAAUUCCAUCCUCCAAGUCCUGAUAUUCAGCCCUGCGGCAUACUUCUUUUGUGUCAUCGUCGGAGGCGGAUCAAACAUCUCAAUCGACCUUUGGCUUGUCACCCGAAGCGUUCUCGUGUUCCUCGGCAUUCCGCUCCUUGCGGGCAUCGUGACAAGGUUUUCCCUUCGCCCAACCCUUGGCUCCAAGUGGUACGACGAGAAAUUCCUUCCAGUUAUUGGCCCCACCUCUCUCUUGGGCCUGCUGUACACCAUCGUGGUCAUGUUCAGCCUCCAGGGCAAUAGAAUCAUCGACGAUUUCGGCAGCGUUGCCAGGGUCGCAGUCCCGCUCGUGCUCUACUUUGGCACGGUUUUUACGGCAACAUUUGCCCUGUGUGCUCUCCAACGCGUGCCCUACGAACUGGCUGCCACUCAGUCGUUCACCGCUGCCGGGAACAACUUUGAGCUUGCUAUCGCCAUCGCCAUCGCAACAUACGGAGUCAAUUCCCAGCAAGCACUGUCCACUGUGAUCGGACCGUUGAUCGAGGUUCCAAUCCUUCUGGGGCUUGUGCACCUCUCGCUCUUCAUCAAAGACCGCUACGAAUCCGUUCGUCAACGUCGGGCCAAGAAUGGCGAUCUUGAAGGUCAAGCUGCAUCCGGUCAAUCCGUUUUAGUUAGUGAUCUCACUCACUUGGAAGACACAGUCAACAUCAUGCCUAACGACGAGAAAGCCUCAUCUGGCAGCAGCGUCAUCUUUGUCUGCCGAAUGAACUCGUGCCGAUCGCAAAUGGCCGAAGGUUGGCUCAAAACACUUCGGAUGAAAGCCCCAGCCGGCACCAUUGGACGAGUCGAAAGUGCUGGCCUGAUCGGGCAGUCGAGAGUCCAUCCCGUUGCAAUCAAGGUGAUGAAAGAUCGCGACAUUGAUCUGUCUUCACAGUUCUCCAAGGGAAUCGACCGAUUUAGCCCUUCCGAUUUCGAUAUUGUGAUUUCAAUGUGUGGCUGUGGAGCGUCGGUCCCCGAGGAAUGGAAGAUCGGAAAGCGCUUUGAAGAUUGGAAUCUUGAGGAUCCCGAUGAGCAGCCUGAGGAAAAGUUUGUCGAAGUAUCUGAGCAGAUUCACGAGCGAUGCCAAGAAUUGAUCGCCUCCAUUUCCGAAGGCCGUGCACCAACUUACUCGCUCUACAGCGAGGCCGAUGGCUGUGCAUACCGCCCUCGGCCAAAGAACACUUGAUUUGCCCUGUGUGCCGCUGUUGGCCUUCUCUUGGCUACAUUGUAAGGAUAACGACAUCCCUCGCACGAACACAUUGAGACACGGUGAUGUUUGAGAAUAUACAAAAUAGAGGCAGACUUGGUUUGCCGCCGG